AUUCCAAAAAAAUUUUUGAUAUUUAUGAUUUUGUGUAGUCCAUCGGUAAAUAAUUUAAAUUUAUUUAAAUUUGUUCAUACCUGCAUUUUCUGGAUUUGUUGUAUCCUUUUUGGCAGUCUCGGUCUCUUUCGAAGCUUUAGUUACUUUUUUCUUUUUAACUGCAAAUAAAAUAAAUAAAUUAUAAAUUAAAUAUGCAAACACAAGAUAUUGAAUUUAUUGAAAAUAGCAAGAAAACACGAAAGGACAAUCAAUUUGAAGAAUUUACGGUGUUACUAAACGGGGAAAAAGAUUUGGAAAAACAAUUAGAGGAAUUUAAAAAAGUAUGUGAGUCACACGAAAAACAUCAACGCAAACGUGCUAAAAGGCGUUAUUAUAAUUUAGCCUUAAUGGCUAAAGUUGAUAUUAGUACAACACCUGAAGAAAUAAAACGUUUAUUGAAGCACAACACCAGGACGUUUUUAGUAGAUGUGGUUACCAAUAAACCAUUUGAAGUAGAAUCUUUAAUAAGAUUAAUUAGAGAAAUAACAGAAGAGCAACAAGUGGAGGAUGCCUGUAACAAAAUGACCAUCGGUUUAGCAUUACAAAUUACCGGUGAUGCUUGUCGUCUAGGAAGGAGUCGUAACAAUUGCUCUUUGUUUUUAGCUCGUAGUAAUACCAUGACUUUGACCACAAACUUGGCCUAUAGAUAUUCCUGCUUUAAAGAAAUUGCUUAUGUUCUGAACUUGAAUUAUUAUUUGCCUUACAUUAACAUAAAUGAUGAAAUUUCUAUAGGCCCGGAAGUAAAAGGUAUAGUCGUGAAGAAAUUAAAGACUUCUAUCGCCCUUAUAAUAACAGAGGCUGGCAUAGUAAAUUCCUAUGAUUAUCUGGAUCUACCAAAUCAAUGUUAUAGUUUGUCGUUAACAAAUUUACCAGACAUCUUUAGCACAGAUUUAGAAACAGCCUUAAAAUUGCAAGUGGACUUUAUUGUCACGCCCCACGUACGCUGCUUGCAUUUUGUGAAAUUAUUACAGCAUAAAAUCAAAAGCUUUGAGCAUAUAAAACUUAUAGGCAGUCUCGAUUUGGAAUAUAUCAGUCGUAAAAUGUUGGAUAUAAUGCAAAUUAUAAAAUAUUUGGACUAUUUAUGGUUGACAAAUCUCUUUGGAAACACUGAAACCAUAAAUACGUUUUUAAAACAAGAUGUUAUUCCAGUUGCCAAGUGUUUAAUGAAACCCCUUAUAGGAUCUGUGCCUUUAGAACGUUGCAGCGACUUUAAACUGUUUGAAAAUCAUGAAUUCCUUAGUACGCUGGAUUGUAUGUUUAUAGAGAAGAGCGCCUGGUGUAACAAGUACCCUUUAAUAGUCAAAAAACUUUUACCUAUUAAAAAUUAUCGUUUGGCGUUGGUGGAGAAUGCUGCCGUAGUACAUGAUAUUUUAAGCAAUUGUCAAUCUGUUGUCAAUUUUAUUAUACGCACCAUUAGCUCCAUAGAAUGUCAAGCCAUUUUUCUCUAUACUAAAUGUGCUACAGCUGCUAAAGCUUUAAGCCGUGUAGAAAUAUACUGUCCGGUAUUUGUGGUUCUUUCCCUAGAACAAGCAGUUCUGCAGCAAAAUGAAGAGGAAAUAAAUUGCCUUACGGAUUUAACAAAAAAUCUUAAUCUACGCAGAAAUUUAAGACCAGUUCUGUACAAUAAUGAAAUGAAUGAAUGUGAUUUAAAACCAAUUGAUUAUGGCAUUGAGUAUGCUCGUCAUUGUGGAUGUCUAGAAACGGGAGAUUUCAUAAUCACUUUAGAAGUUGGUAAAGAAAAUGGUGAUGAACAUAUACAACUGGGUGUGGGAGAGGAUGUGGUUAUAAUGCGAGCAUUUUAUGCACCACCUUUGAAAGUGGGUGAGAAAUUUAAGUGUACUUGAUGGUAAAAAUUUGUUAUAAAAAUAAA